AUGAAUGUGAUUGAUAAAUGCUGGAGAGGGAAUCCUCAAUGGCGGAGUCAACGGCAACAGCUGGCCACGUGCUCCGUUGGUUUUUCAGGCAAAAUGACUAACAACAUUGGCAAAGGUGUUAUACUCUAUAAAGUCACCGAUCCUUCUGAUGACCCUUUAAACCCGAAGCCGGGGACCCUUCGUCAUGGAGCCACCAUGACCAAGGGAAAAGUAUGGAUUACUUUCAAAAGGAACAUGCACAUCACACUCCAGAGGCCACUUCUCAUUAGCAGCUUCACCGCCAUCGACGGCCGUGGCGUUAACGUUCAUGUUACUGGCGCAGGGUGUCUUCUGGUGUAUCAAGCAACGGAUGUGAUCAUCCAUGGGUUGCAUAUCCACCACUGCAAGUCCCAGCCACCUAGCUCUGUGAUGGGUCCAGAAUCAAAGGUGAUAACGCUUGGUCAGAUGGACGGGGAUGCGAUCAGAUUGGUCACAGCAAAGAAAGUGUGGAUAGAUCACAAUACGUUGUACGAUUCCCAAGAUGAUCUCCUUGAUGUCACUCGUGGUUCCACCGAUGUUACCGUCUCGAACAACUGGUUCAGAAAUCAGGACAAAGUUAUGCUUCUUGGGCAUGAUGACGGCCAUUUGAGAGACAGGAACAUGAAGGCUACUGUCAUCUUUAACCAUUUUGGACCUAAUUGCUACCAACGAAUGCCAAGAGUCCGCCACGGGUACGCGCAUGUGGCCAACAAUCUCUACCAAGGAUGGGAACAAUAUGCCGUCGGGGGAAGCAUGAGGCCCAGCAUUAAGAGUGAAGCCAACUAUUUCAUUGCUCCAAAACUGGGCAACAAGGAGGUAACAUGGAGACAAGGCAACCGGCAGGACAAAGCUUCAUGGAAAUUCUAUUCUGUGGGGGAUAUAUUCGAAAAUGGAGCAUCUUUCAGUAGUCAAACAGGUCUAGGUGGGGCGAAGCGUUAUUAUAACCAGGAACAGAGUUUUAAGGUUGCCGAUGCUAGAUUAGUUAGUGAAUUGACAAGGUCAUCAGGUGUUCUAAAAUGCUCCAGGACCUUGAGGUGCUAAGUCCAAUGAGAAAAAGGCUGAACUAGUGCUACACAAUAAAUUCAUUGUUUUAAGUACUUGUUCUAAUUAGUAUUAUGAUGUCUGUGCGA